ACCGCAGUGGCCACAGUGGUGCUUCGGAGUAAAGAUUUGUACAUAGUGUAAAUAUAGUGAAAUGUUACCAGUAAAGAGGUUCUCCAAAAGACAGAUUUGCACCCUCAUCGUGUUCAGUAUAGCGGACUUCUGCAAUGCAAUAUGUGUUUCCCUGCAGGCACCGUUUUAUCCUCAAGAGGCGGAGAAAAAAGGUGCAACAGCUGCGGAGUAUGGACUUGUGUUCGGUGUCUUCGAGCUAGUAGUCUUCAUAGUUAGUCCUCUAUAUGGCCACUAUUUACAUAGGUUUGGCCCAAAGUUGAUGUUCAACGGUGGGAUAUUCACUACUGGAACAUGCGCCAUACUGUUCGGGAUGCUAGACCGGGUUGAGGGCCACUACCCCUUCAUCGUGCUGUCUUUCGUCAUCAGGAUAGUAGAGGCUAUGGGCAACGCCGCCUUCCUGACUGCAUCUUUCGCCAUCAUCGCCAUGGAGUUCCCAGACAACGUCGCCACUACUUUUGCUUCUCUAGAAACAUUCUUCGGCUUGGGUCUUAUCGUCGGGCCUACAGUUGGAGGUGCUUUAUACCAGCUGGGAGGAUAUGAACUCCCUUUCCUUGUUCUCGGCAGCUGUCUGUUCAUGUCUGCUGUGAUCACCUUCUGUGUGUUGCCGGACCACGGGGACCGAGAGGUUGAACCUCAUUCUGGAGCCAGUCUGCUAGAAGUCCUCCGUAUUCCUGGCGUGUUCCUGGCCGCCUGUAGCAUCAUUGUCACCUCCAUGAGUAUUGGAUUCUUGACAGCAACCCUAGAACCUCACCUCAGACAGUUCGAACUGAAGCCGAUGGUUCUGGGGGUGAUGUUCGUCAUCAACGGAGGCACCUACGCCGUCACCGCCCCCUUCUUCGGCUGGCUUGUUGAUAAGAAAGUCAAGGCCAAGUUCAUCGCCCUGUUUGGCUGUGCUCUUCUUAUCAUCAGCUUCCAAAUGAUUGGUCCAGCGCCUUAUUUCUCUGCCCCACCCCCGGGAUCAAGCAAGUUGUUGCUGGUAGUGAUCGGAGGUUUGCUGAUCCAUGGUCUAGGCAUCGCGGCACAACUCGUUUCAUCCUUCUCUGACGCUCUACAAGACGCCAUAGCGCACGGAUUUCCCAACAACCUGGAGACCUACGGACUCAUCUCCGGACUCUGGACGUCGACCUUCGCCUUUGGGGCGUUCGUGGGUCCCUCUGUGGCGGGCAUCCUCUUCGACACCGUCGGGUUCCGGAACAGCACCUUGUUUAUCGUCGUCUGCAGUGGCGUCGUGGGUAUGUUCGUCCUGAUCUUCCUACUCUGCACCAAGCAAGGAUCAAUGUAUUCGGAGAUCAAACCCGAUGGCUCCUGCGAGGACAUGAAGAAGACCCUAGCGGACUCACAGAACGGCCUGAGUGACCACUACAGCAGCAGCUACGGUCAUCUGCCCCUGGGGUCCUCCCAGAGUAUCAGCUGUGCGCCGGGCAUGAGCGGGUACAUCACGGGCAACAGCUACAGAAACAGACUAGGUGAGCUACACAGGCGGCAGAGUGACGCGUACCCAGCCUCGUACCAAUACAGCUCCAGCUACGGCAGCAUCUCUGGGGGUGAGCACCACCGUCGCUACAGCAGCAGGCGCGGCAGCACGGACAUGAGGAGCAAGGGAGGCUACCGCAGCGGCUUCGAGUAGCUCCGUCAGCACGGCUGAAUUUGUAUCUUUACUGAUGUAUUGCGCAAAACCGAUUCUUUUCUUUCAAAGUAGGGUUUAGAUCAUCCAAUCGAAAUUGGCCACGGUAAGAUCGAAUCGGAGUCUCUAGUAGUGUACAGUGGUAAACAAUUGUAACACAGCUUUGUCAAGCCAUGUUUUGUUUCAUCAAUCGUGGAUGGUAGGAGUGAUUUCAUAGACUUUUUAUUGUAAAUUAAUUAACCCAACUAAACAGGGUGUCCCGUAACUCUCUGGACAUAUGUAUAUAGCAUUAUUCCUUAGGUCAAGACAAACACAUUUCACCAUAGGAACAUGGGUCUGUGAUAACUAGUUUUCCGUCUGUCUGUGUUUAUAGGAUUUAUAAAAAAAACGAAUAACUCCUAAACGGUUUGAGAUACAGUGGUGAUAUUUUGCAAACAUGUUAAUCUUAUUAAGACCUAUUAUCGUUAGAAAUUAUACAAACAAAUUAUUAACCGUUUCGGAAUGGCGGAAAUUUAAAAUAUUUGAUGCCAAAUUUCAAGAAAACCGUUUACUUUACAAAAAAAUUGCAAGAGACAAAAAAGUUAGGAAAUCUUAUGUAGUUUUCAAUGAUACCUUGUUAAGGAUGAAUAAAUAAUUACAGAGAAACGAGUUAUUUGCGUAAUGUAUGACCACUUUUCACUAUUUAAACAAUGCUAAUACCCCUUUUAACGCUAUAUACAUAUAUCCAGAGAGUUACGGGACACCCUGUAUAGAACAGAUGUAUACAUCCAUCAUUUUAAUCGAAAACUGUUAAAUUAUGAUGGUAUAAUUCUUUCUUUUUCCGCUAUGCAUUGAUAGAUUAUGUACCAUAAAAGUUAUCGUAGAUUACAGUAAGUUUUACUUUCGGCCAGGUCCACAUUUUUGACAAAAGUCAGUAAAUGUCACCUGUAGACCCUGACGGUGGCUCAUUUCAUCUAUAAAAGUCAACUCGUUCCAUUUCCAUUCUAGUACUGGUUUCAACUUUAACAUCACAAUUUUAUAUCUACUUGUUUCUACUGUCAAAGCUUAUAUUCACUGAAGAUUCAUUCAAUUCAUUCUGGUAUAUCAGUAAUCUAACAUUCAGUGGAUAUCCUAGCGUUGACAAAAACAUAACGUUUUAAAUUACUAUCUCGGAACUAUUAGAAAGGGUUAGGAUCUUAAAAACCAUAGAAAUUAGGAGGCUUUUUUAGGUUUUAAACAUCAUGGGAUGAACAAUGUUUUAAUAAAUAUAUAUAGCAAUGCCUAUCGAGUGAAUUUAUUAUAAAGUGAAUUUAUUACUUUACCAGUGAUCCGGAGGCUAACAACACAAUGUUUUAACUAAAGAUGGACUAGCUAGACGGUGACUUGUUCUCUAAACUAACAUUAUUGACAAAGGUCACAGUUUUACUAAAUCAUCUAUAGUAACUGUGUUUCAUUGUUUGAAUUCAUUCAACAUUCGUAUUUACGAAACGUCAACUAAAAAAGCCUAAUACUUCUUUCAACAUAGUUAUAACUACCUAUGCCAAAAUUAUAUCCGACACAAAAAAUCAAACAGAUUUGCCAAGUUUAGACAAAAUCAGUUAUAUUUUUGCAAAUUGACUUGAAAGCUAAUAAAAAAUACACCACUAAACACUAUUUUAUUGCGAUCUAUGUGAACAAAUCAAGUAGUGUAAAAAACACAUCUUUAACUCAAUAUGCCCUGAACAAGGUACAGAGGAAAAUAUUGUACAAUUGUAAACCAAAUUAUGUUAGCGAACAAUUAAACUAAGUUAGUGUAAGUAAGAAAUUUGUUAACUUAUUUAAAUUUUUACGAAUCUAUGAUUUUAAACUUUUAACAUUCGAAUUUAUAAGCUUGCCAGUGUCUUGAGAUAGAGAUUAUAGGAACUAUUUUUAUUAAAUAAUAUUAGUUAUUGUGUGAUGCUCACUAAAAGUAAUAUACAUUUUAACUAGUUUUUAUUACAUUGUUAUUUGAAAUAUCCAGUGAUAUUUUUAACAGUGAUAUCAAUACUGUGAUGAUAUAAGUGUUAGGGAGAAUCGGUAGCGAGUUUUAUAACCGUAUCGGCCCAAAAUAUAAUGCCAGUUGGGUGGGAUCGCUGAUUAAAACUAGCUAAAUUAGUUUUCAAUAACAAUACCAGAAGUUAUGAAUCGUAUUGUAUGUUAUUCAGACAUUUUUUGGUUCUAUAGACAGCUUUUUCUGGCUUUUCCCAAGCAAUACUACUAUGUAUCUACACUUGAAAUCAUUCGCAAGACGGUAAAUAUAGUCUAUACAAGUUGUUGCAAUGGCGAUCAAAUUUGGUCUGAAAAGAUUACUGGAAUGAUCGAAAUCGAUCGCCAUUGUAACAUGUUCCAUUAUUGCCAUAUUGUGCAGUGCAAGUAACUGUACCGUUUAUAGAAAGUUGCUGUAAGACACGUUUGUAUAAUAGAGCUUACGAGUAAAAAUGCUGGAAAAGAAGUCAUUACAAAAUUAGGACUCUAAACCGAAACGUAAUUUUCUGUAUGACUAUAAACGCACCAAUUGAAUUUCUUACCACUUGGAAACGAAACAGUAAAUUCUGGAUGCAAAAUUGAUUGCACACAUCUUUUUCUUUUUUAACAUUAUACAUGAUCGAUUUAACCUUCGCUAUCUAUUCUCCUUGGCCUUAAUAAUGCCCACCGAAUUACUCUUUUAAUUUAAGAUGCUAGUCAUAAAAUAGUUUUUGCCAUACCGAAUUUUAAAAUAAAUCUAAAUUAUUUUCUAUACAUUCCUUCUCUUAUGUCAAUCUUAGCCACUUCUUAGCCUUAUAAAACGUAUUCUCCAAGAUGCAAUUGUUUUACUUCUUUGAAAGCGUAUGGAUGGAUUGUUUUGAGAUUACUAAAUAUUAAUUGACUUAAGUUUAUAUUUAUUUUGACUGUAUUUUGAAUAUAUGAGCAAUAAGUGUUAUAAACGCAUGUUCUAUUGUUGUUUUAUAAAAAUUUAUUUUUAAUUG